AUGAGCUCAAGCCUUGCUUGGCGGUGCCGGGCACACAAUUCCCCCCGCACGCUGUCGCUAGCUCAAAGGUUCACCAUCCUCCCCAACAACCACUUCCCUCUCGCGACGACCCGAGUCUCCCGCACCGCCAACGACCGCUCACGACCGUCACAACUCCGCAGCGUGCAUCACACCGCGCCGCCCGCCGCCUCGCGCAGCAGCAAUGAAAAGAGUCUGAGCCCACUGCUCAAUCCGCCGGCGUCAACGCGCCCGCCCGUCCUCGAGACGGUGCAGCGCGAGGCGCACGGCUCGAUGCCCGCGUACCUAUUUUACGUGGGUAAGAGCUAUCUAAAGUUCUACAAGAAUGGGCUCAAGGCCGUCUUUGCCAACCGGCGGCUGCUCCGGGAAAAGAUAGCGCAGACGCCCGUUGACGACCGGCCGUCGGUGUGGCGGCCGCACGCGGUGCCCCGAUCGUUUUCGCGCGCCGACUGGGUGCUGCUGUGGCGCGUGCGGCACGACCUGGUGCGGCUGCCGUGCUUUGGGCUGCUGUUCAUCGUGUGCGGUGAGUUCUCCCCGCUGGUUGUGAUGCUUGUCGACGGCAUCGUGCCAUACACGUGCCGCAUCCCACGGCAGCUGCGCGCGGGCGCGGAGCAGGCUGAGGCGCGUCGACGGCUCGCGUUUCGGCAGCUCGAGACCGCGCACCCGCACGGCGUGCUGAGCCCGAACGUCACCCGGGGCGUGGCCCGGCGGCACGUGCUGCGCAGCCUGCACCUGUCCGGGGCGAUGUGGGAUCGGCUGGGCGGAGUGGCGCCGCCGGGCAUGUGGCAGGUCAAGGGCGCGCUGCGCAUGGCGUUUCUCGAGGGCGAUGAUGCGAAGCUGGUGGCGGACGGUGCACCAAUGGGACUCGAGGUGGACGAGCUGCGCAUCGCGUGCAUGGAGCGCGGCAUCGAUGUGCUGGGCAAGAGCGAGUCGGAGAUGCGGACGUGGCUUGGCGACUGGCUCCGGCUGACGGCGGCUGAGGAUGUGACGGAGCGACGGCGCAGAAUGACGACGCUGCUGAUGACGAGGCAGGAGAAUUGGCCGCAGAACCGCGACUUUGCGGUGCCGGACUGGCAUCUAUAA